CUCCCUUAUCUAGCUUGUUUUCCCUGGUCAAUUAUAUCUUUUCAUGUGCGUCUUGCUUUGCAUUAAAGCCCUCCCUCCCAUCACCAUCUUUCCUUCUCUCAUCUCACUUCCCCUGUCGACAAUCAGGUUUUAUCUCUCUUCCGGCCUCCCAUUCCCAUAUCUCACGAAACCGAAGAAGGAAAACAACAAGAACCAACGCCGCCCCGAUGACUUGUUACCGCCUUUUGAUCUUUAUAUUUCUCCUCCUCCUCCUCCUCAAACCCUGCACCCCAACUUUGCCGCGGACCUCUCCAAGAAACCGCUUGAACCACCAGGUCCACCGCCACAAGGCCGCCAACUACUACCGUUCUUGUGAUUCUUUCUCCCGUACACAGCAACGGUCUCUUUGUUUUCAGCUUCAAAGAAUCCACAAAAUCCAGCCUAAUUUCUUGCCAUCAUCAUUUCCGCAGCCAAUACCACCACCGCCACCAUCCGAACUCAAUGAAAUCGAUCCAAGAUACGGUGUGGAGAAGAGACUUGUCCCCUCAGGGCCCAACCCUCUUCACAACUGAUCCUAGCUCCACUCAUCAUCCCUCUCAUUCACCACCGCUUUGUCCAUACACCAUCUUUUCUACCUAGUAACCUAUAUUCUCCCCAAGAUUUUGCCUUUCUUUGCAAUUCUUGUUGCCUUUCCUGCAUGGAGCUUCACACGCAGCUGCCCUUUUUUUUUUCAUUCUCAUUUCCUCCAUUGGAUAGCGAUGGGAAAACAGAAGAUGUCAAUUCAGCGGCAGCCAGCAGUUAUUGCCAAGGAAAAGAACCCAGGCGGCGGCGCCUAGGCUGCUGUGAUCGAUGCUCAGAUUUAGUAAUAUUAUUAGACAUUAGCUAAUUUCUUGUUCUGUCUUUCACUGUUCUCGUUACAAGACGAUUGCCAUUUCCAUACUUGUUUUUGGAUUUCUAUCCUAUAUAUUUUGGGGGGACCAAGGCAGCAAAAACAAGCAAGGAAAUGGCGUACCGUUGCUUUUGUUUUAGUUAGUAUAUGGUUCAAAUGAAGGGGAAGGAUCGAAGGAUAGGGGGGGAGUUGGGAUUCAAGAGAAACCCAUGAGUUUCAUUAAUGGACCUUGGAACUACGAAGGAGAUAAUAUUGGUAGCCGUCGGACAAGAUGACCUCUCUUUUUGUGGAGUAUAGCUUUGGUAAUAAAUACCUUGAUGCUGUCAUGUGUUUGUAUAACUUGCUUCAAUCUAUUACUUAUAUCUAUGCUUUUUAAUUUUGCUUGCUAGGGGUUUAAUUAUAUACAUUUUUCUUGUGAA